GUUUCAAUGUCUCUUUUCUUCUUCUCUUCUCUCUCUCCCGUAACUCAUUCAGCCGCAAGCAUGAGAUCGCAGGAUUGACGCCUUUUCUUCCAGCUGGUACUUGACGGAUUGGCAGUUUCUUCCGCGUUUCUCCCGUCCAUGGAAAAUUGUUUUUGCGGAACCCGAAGGACAAAGGCCUCAAACAGCUGACAUAAUUCCUUGGCGUCUUCUGAUGGAUGUUCAAAUGCACGUCGAUUUCCGACCCUGUUCCAUGUAUUGAUUGAUUUUCACAGGAAAAUGCCUCGGACUCGCCUGGUCUUAUCCGGUACACCUGAGAAUAGUAACUCAGCCUUGGGGAUGAUUCGGCUCCGUCUCGCCGGAUGAAAAAUAUCAUGCUCCUAUCAGACCACGAGUGUCCUCGGGGCACACAAGGCUAAUGACCCCUGGGGUUGGUACUGUACGGAGUACAUAGAACCAUUUCUGUUUGUACACCACUGGCUCCCAAUGGCCAUGAAACAAGCAACAAGUUUGUAUUGGGGCGUUUGACUACCAUAACCUUCGAGAACAAACCCCCAAGACGUUUCGUCGCCUUGAAUCCAGCUUCCGAGAGACUUUUUGGUCAUGUUCUCUGCUUCAUGAUACAAAGACCUUGCAACAAGCCGCUCUUUUCUCCACCGGUACCUCUUUGGCAACUUUCGAAUAUGUAGGUACUUCUAUCAAGUGGCCUCCAUGCCCAUGUGGUUCUCAUUGUGAAUCCAUCAUGUCUAGUUGGUGCCCCGUGCCACCCGUAUCCUCUGCUGAGGCUCUACCGCCAUACGACCUUAUUCACCGGCUUUGACGCGCCGCGAUAUGUUCAAUCACCGCCUCAACUCAGAACAGCGUGCUUGGCGAACAGGAUACACACAUCAUGAAGCUAUCUUCGUGGUCAAAAUGGUAACAUUGCAGCAUGUUCCAUACUCAAGGUAGUCGCGCAACUUUGACAAGAUGGCCUCACGUGAAGUGUUCAGGAUUCCAGAAUCGAUCCUCGAGAAGGCGCUGGUGGAGGUGUCGGCUCCGCAACAUCAUGGUCUCAAGAGAAAGCGUAACGACGAGAUCAAUGAAAACCCCGUCAAGGCCGAUUUUGUCACGGGAAAAUACAAUACAAUUUUUGGACGCAGGGUCGCAGAGGCAAAGACAAAGACACAAACACAAACACAGAAUUACACUGAGACAAUUAUCGAGACGAUUGACCAUGACUUGCUCGUCCAAAUUUUUGGAUACCUCGACGUCCCGAGCCGCGUUUCACUAGCCCUGACGAACAAAUUCUUUGGCAGCUUCUGCAUGACUCCUGGAGUCAGCGGACCAAUUCUCUUGUCAAAUUGCACACAACUCAGUUACGUACCGGACUCAGAUUCACUCAUCGGCUACAGUCACGACGAAUACCACACAUACUGCAGCAGACGCCGCAUGACUCUCCUCCUCCUGCGCAACUGGAUGCCCAGCGACCUCCAGUUCUGUUGGACCUGCAUGAAAUACACGCCUCUUUCGGGAACCAAGCCCACUGAAGCCUUCUUCAAACCAUGGAAUGACAAUGCCAAGGGCACAAUGGUCAUCACCAUGAUCGACGAGUCGGGAAAGGAAGACCCAGACUCAACCCUUCGCGUCGAAUUGCACUGUCACGACGCCUGUCUCCCUCGCAUCGCUGAGAACCAGCCGAUGCCAUUUGAUCUGCUCUGUCGGCACUUGCCAGGCGGCCGUGCCGUCCACUACAACUUCGGCGUCGAGAUGCAGGAGGUUGUCUACUUGGGAAGUGAGGUUUUUGAGUGGGGCCUUGCGAUGCCUCGCGUCAAUCACAUAAUGAAGAUACGGCGCGUCAGCUUCGAGGAAGCUCUCUGUAAGCAUGUGGGUUCUCCCAUUGGCUUGUGGAAGAAGUGAGACACCGAGGAGAAGAUUGGGUAGAAGAAUAGGUUCUCCAAAUAGGCAAUCCACGUGUGGUGUUCGUUAUGUCGAGCUUUCUUUCCACUGGCUUUGUGAAUCGUAAGCACCCGAGUGAUAUUGCAUGUUGUUCUUCUUCGAUUAUGAAGCAGUAUUUGAGAGUCAAAGUGGCCCCAAGCGUGCACUGGUCUACCGAUCUUUGUAGCAAUGUCGUCCGUCAGUGCCAACCUGAGUAUUAGGUGGAACCGAAGUUAGAGGGUAGUGAUUUGUAUGCUUGAUCCCCCUCAAACCGAACCAAUUGUUUCUGUGACGUUGGCUGACUCGCAGCCGUCACGACUAACAUGAAGCAAGACGGGGCAAUGACUGUCGACUGGAUGGGUGUGCAUGUUGGAUGAUGACUGAUUGACAGUCUUGAAGAGGGGCUUCCCUCUUCUGGAGAUGGCGACCGGGAACUAUUACCACGUUCUAUGUAAGACUUGCCCCAUUGCGAACACUGUUGUCACGGUAGUCGUGUAGAAGGCGGCGCUAAACCUCAUCAGACAGAAGGCCUUUGUGCCGUGGUGGAGCUUUUAAAACAGUGUAUGCUUUUGGUAGCAGGCGAAACAAAGUCGACCGUGGUGUGAUGAUGGGUCACAUGGCACACCUCAAAUAGGUGCUCUGCAACAACACAGCAUUCUGAAGCCGUGUGCUUUAUGUCUAGCGACGCCUGUAGUGGUAUGUCGUCUGUGUCCUGGUUGGACGUUUUUGGCGAUAUGGGGUAUAUCGGUAGGGUACCGAUGCAUAUUGUGGAUCCGUGGAUUGGUGCUGAAUAGUUCCAGUUGCUAAGAGAGACCUGUUCUGCACACACACACGCGCACGCGCGCGCGCGAAAACACUUGGGUUACUCAACAUUCUUAGCAGCUGCAGCGUUGAGGGGUGAGAUGAAUUGAGGUAGCAGUUGCAGCUGUCCGGACGAAGUUGGAAGCCAGGUUGAAAUGGUUCCCUCCUUUGGACUUGAGGAGAGGGCAUGAAUAUGAGUACGAGUUCAAGGUCUUCGAAAUGCAAUGCAUCAAGUGUCUUCCCUUCCCACAGGCUUAUUUCUGUAUUGGUGGGUACCUACAUGUCUCGUCGAUGCGUUAGGUCUUGAGUGACAGUAGAACACACAGGGCCUCGCUUCGUGUGGAGGAUGAAGCACUCAACUGCAGCAUGGUGACACCCGGCGAGCUACCGGGACCAGGGCUGGACGUGCAGCCUCAAAAUAUUAUGAGGCACCCAAUGGUCUCGGUGCAAAGACAUCCUCUAGAAGCUAUCACGAUUUGCAAGGAAUGAUUGGUGUAGGAAAGAAAGCUGGCAACGCAUGUUGUAAGCGGGGAAACAGGGAAUGAUUGCAAGCGGUCGUAGUGUCCGGGAGAAGGCGAAGAGAAAAAGAGAAAGCCAUUUGAUGUCAUGGUCCAUAGCACGAGUCCACAAGCUUCGCAUCAUGCCAUGUCAAAAUCCCGCGCAAAUCA